UACUAUCAGGCAGUGUUCUAGUUUUGGAGCGCGCUGUUUUGAAAUCUUCUGUAUUAAAAAAAUAGAAAGACAAUGUUCCCUUCUCCACGUAAUCAGUCCGUUGUGUCGUCUCGGCGUCCGAUCAGUUCUCGGUCUGGUAGAAAAAGCCUGGGUCCUGGAGCAGCCACAAGCACCUCUUCACCUUCGGCUAUUUUCUCGCCUGUUGGUCGCCGAGUCGCCACCUCUAGUACUCGAGCAACAUCAUCGAGAGUUGUACUUCAUCCAGCUGCAAGCGAGACAGUAAAUUAUGAUGUUCAGCUAUAUGGAGCUUCUCUUCCUGUUAAAGUUAUGGAGGCUUUGACAAAUACUGAUGAUGAUUCGUUAAGUGUUAAAAUCCAUGAAGAUGGAUGGGCAUGGUUGGUGUGUAGAGAUCGCUUGAUCAUUUGGAAGAUUUGCCAAUCGUCGUCUGCCAAGUUCAUGGUGUGUAAAGAGCUUCAGUUGCCGCCUAGCGAUUUUCAGUUGUCUGCUGAUCUAGUAGACAUCUCUUCUCAAUCAAGUGACUCUGGGUCUGUUCAGUCUGUAGCUGUUAUGGCAGCAACCUGUGAAGGAUCAGUUCGCUAUUGGCCUAGUCUUAUACAUGAAGCCACUUACACUGAAGCUUACACAGAUUUUGGCGGAGCUCUGUGCGUGUUUGUAACUGCUGUAACGGCGGGCAGUUUUAUAGUAUCUUCAUCAAAGAGCCAGCUCGUUCGGUUAACAGCAGAUGCUUCUGGGAAAAUCCAUCAGCGAAUGCUGCAGCAAGGACAGGGAAUGCUCUCUGGUAUUGGACGCAGAGUUUCUUCUCUUUUUGGAAUCUUAUCUCCUGCAGUGGAAUCUACUCUCUGUAGUGUCCUUUGGGAUAAAGAAGAUUGCUUUUAUACUCUCACUGAAACCAGUAUAAACAAGUGGGAGAUGUACGACACAUCAGAAUAUCAUGUCCUAAGUUGGGAUAUGAACAGGAUUCUCAAAGAACACAUUGUUGAUGCAAUAUGGGGUUCUGAAAGUAACUAUGAAGAGAUUAAAGAAGGGAUUAAUGUUGAAUAUUUGGAUUUGAAUCAUAACUGGAAAAAAAGAGCAAAUCAGAAUGUGAGUGUAAUAUCCCAGCACCUAGAUUACUCCUCUAAAAUUCAUGGAGAUAACAUCUUAGGAGCUGGCUCAUGUGCAGGCUUGCCAAUUUUUUUCAGUAAAAGGAGUGGAUUGAUGGCAGUUGUUCCUCGAGAGAAUGUUUCCAUGUUGCCAGAGGAGCUGGAAGAAUCUAUUUCAGCAUCAUUAGCUGGUCCCACAAAUCAGGGUAACCUAAUAGGCAUUUCAAAAUCUGAAGACAUAGCACAUGAUGAUAAGACAAAAUUAUUAAAAGCUUCCUUCUUGCAAUAUUGCAGGAAAGACAUUCUUGGGGCACAGAGUAUGGUUGAUGGCCUGUUUUCUCCUGACUCAGAAUACGAUCUUGAACUUGAUCAAGCUGUGGCUCAAAUAAGUGUAGACUUAGUAGAUGAUUAUCCUGCUUCAGACCCACGAUGGGCAGAGUCAGUGCCAGAAGAGGCAGUUGGAUUUAGCAAUAACUCUCUAAUCCUGUUGCAUCAACUAGAAGACAAGAUGAAGGCACAUAACUUCUUUUUGGAGUUUCUUCAUCAGGUUGGGCUCUUCAGUCGUUUGAGCACCUGUGAAACGAGAGGACUCACCAUGGCAACUCGACUGCUGCUCUGUGAGCAUGCAGAAAAACUAUCUGCUGCAAUCGUUCUUAAGAACCACCACUCUAAACUUCCUGCACUUGUUAACUCUGCCAUACAGCUUGCCUUAAACAAACGAAUGUGCACUAUUCCUCAGAACUUGACUGCUGCAGAUGUGUACUUUAGAGAGGUAUCACAGAUGGAUGUUAUCUUUGAAUGCUUGAUAGACAAAGAGGAAUCUGAUUUGGAAAACAUAUCUAUGCAUUCUGUUGAAUGGGCAAAUUUAGUCGUAAAUGUGAACACAAUUCUGAAGGAUAUGCUACACGCUGCUUGUCAGUAUCGACAAAAUAAAAACUCGUUGUAUAAAAAGGAAGAACCUGGGAAUGAGCCGGAACAUAUUCCAUGGACUGCAUCAAGUGGACCUGGUGGCAUCCGUACGGUGAUUGUUCGUCAACAUGGCAUAAUACUAAACAAAGUCUAUCCUCAAGCAGAUAGUGGCCUCCGGAAUACUCUUGUUGAGCAGUUAGUUGCAUUGCUCAAUUAUUUUCUUGAUGACUUUGUCACUCAACUGAAAUCUGUAGACAAACCGCAUCAACAAGAACGAUAUAGUGUUCUGGAAAUGGAGUAUGCACAGAAAAGAUCAGAGCUCUUGUCUCCUUUAUUGGCUCUUGGUCAGUACCACUGGGCUGCAAGCCUUGCUGAGAAGUACUGUGACUUUGAUAUAUUGGUGCAGAUAUGUGAAAUGACCGAUAAUCAAACUAGAUUGCAGCGUUACAUGGCCCAGUUUGCAGAUCAGAAUUUUUCAGAUUUCUUGUUUCGCUGGUAUCUGGAGAAAGGAAAGCGUGGGAAACUGUUGUCUCAGCCUAUUUCUCAACAUAGUCAGCUGGCUUCUUUCUUACAGUCCCAUGAGCAUCUCAGCUGGUUACAUGAAAUUAACAGCCAGGAUUUUGAAAAGGCUCACAGGACACUACAGACACUAGCAAAUAUGGAAACACGAUACUUUUGUAAAAAGAAGACACUGCUUGGUUUAAGUAAACUUGCAGUUCUGGCAUCAGAUUUCCAGGCGGAUGUACUACAAGAAAAGAUUGAAGAAAUAGUGGAACAAGAGCGUUUUCUUCUCCAUCAAGAAACCUUGCCAAAGCAGCUUCUAGAAGAAAAGCAGCUUGAUUUAAAUGUGAUGCCUGUGUUGCCACCUGUAGAGUUAAUCAAGCUAUAUAUAAGUGACGAAAACAGAAGAGCAAAUGAAUUUGACUUCAAGAAAGCUCUUGACCUUUUGGAGUAUAUAAAUGAGGAUGUAGAGGUUGACUUGGAAGAACUGAAGCUUGAAAUACUGUGUAAGGCUUUGAAACGUGACAUGUGGUCUACGUCAGAUAUGAAAGAUGACCCAAUUGAAGAAACAAAGGAUUCUAUUUUUGUUAAAGUCCUUUUGAAAUUACUUAAUGAAGGUAUUGAACUCAAAAACUAUUUGCCCAACGUAGAGAUUCUUCUUCAGUCAGAUGAGCUUGGCAGCCUGAGAUCCAAUCCAUACUUUGAGUUUGUUCUGAAGGCAAACUAUGAACAUUACAUUAAAGAACAUUCCUGAUUCUUUUGGAAAUAAUGCAGUAUAUUAUUGUUUUCAUUUCAGUUUUUCUGUUUUAUAUUGUUCAAUAAAACAAACUUUAUAUA